CGUACAUUGUUUUUAUUUACGCAUCACUAGAGCACAGUCAUUUUAUCCCAAAUAAUUGAUAAAUUCAGAAAUCGUUUGUGUGCACAACUGAGAGACAUGGACGUAAGUCAGCCACCGCGUCGAUAUAACGACAAGCGCAAGGAAUAUUUGGAAUGGAAUGAUUAUUUUAUGGCCACCGCAGUGCUAUCAGCGAAGCGCAGCAAGGACCCUGUGACACAAGUCGGCGCCUGCAUUGUGGAUCAAAAAAAUCGAGUAGUGGCCAUUGGCUACAAUGGAUUUCCGCGCAACUGCAGCGACGAUGAGUUUCCCUGGGGCAAAUCGGAUGCCAAGCAAUCGCUCGAGCAUAAAUACAUGUAUGUUGUGCAUGCCGAGGCCAAUGCAAUCCUCAAUAGCAAUUGCACAAGUCUCGACGGCACGCGACUCUUUACCACGCUCUUUCCCUGCAAUGAAUGCGCCAAGCUAAUUAUACAGUCCGGCAUACAGCAGAUCUAUUUUAUAUCUGACAAAUAUGAGGGUCACACGGCAACUAUCGCCUCCAAGCGCAUGUUGGAUGCUGCUGGAGUUCUGUAUAGUAGACAUGUUCCAAAGCAGCAGAAAAUUCUCAUAGACUUUGCUGAGUUUCUUGACGAGAAUUAACAUUUAAAAACAAUUUCGUUUGCAGUUUUUAACGACUGAGCUACAUCACCA